CAUGCUGAUUCACAAGAACCACUUCCACCAAUAAAAGAAGAAAACGAAGGGGGCACAUUCCUCACUCGGAUCUUUUCCGGGUGAGGAUCAGAGCGGUAGUUACAGAUGCACUGGAGAAGAACCCCCGGCUCCUCAUGCAAGCAACCGGGGAUGGCAGAACGUAUACGGAUGACUUAUUGAUUGCCUGGUCCCGACAUGAGGUGGGAAUGCCUCGUUGGCAUUCCUUUCAUAAUCUGUGGGCUAUGCUAAUCCGUGCUUGGUACCGGUACAAUCGUAUUGUCAUUGCACCGCUUACUGGGCUCAGGCAGCACAGGGUUUGUGUACCAGGCGGCCCUUGGUGACGAUGCGAUCUGCAAGGAUAUCGAUUUACGUUCAUGUGCUGUGAGGAUCGUCGUAAAGGGUACAUACGAGGAGAAGAAAGGCUGCCUUGAUCACCUGUGCAUGGAAUUUGAGGUCUAUCGCAGGAUCUCACAAGCAAAGAGAGACAGGCCACUAGCAGCAGUUAUGACACCAAAAUGCUACGGUUUAUACGCAUGCCAUGCUUGCGCUAAUUCUUGGCUAUGAAGGAGAAGCAUUCACAUGCGAGACAUAGGAAUCAUCAUCACC